AUGGCCCCACUGCUCCUAGCUCUGAUGGUAGCCCUGGCCCUGACCCAGGUUCUCGAAGCUGACCUCUUGGAUUUGGACAGCUCGGAGGACCGCGCUUUCCGCGUGCGCAUCGCCGGGGCCCACGCCGCACCGCUUCAGGGCGUGCUGGGCGGCGCUCUCACCAUCCCGUGCCACGUCCAUGCCCUGCGGCCGCGGGGCCGAGCCGCACCAGGCUCCCCGCGGGUCAAGUGGACUUUCUUGGCCGGCGGUCGCGAGACCGAGGUGCUGGUGGCACGCGGGCUGCGCGUCAAGGUGAGCGAGGCCUACCGGUUCCGCGUGGCGCUGCCUGCCUACCCGGCCUCGCUCACGGAUGUCUCCCUGGUGCUGAGCGAGCUGCGACCCAACGACUCGGGCAUCUACCGCUGCGAGGUCCAGCACGGCAUUGACGACAGCAGCGACGCUGUGGAGGUCAAGGUCAAGGGGGUUGUUUUUCUCUACCGCGAGGGCUCUGCCCGCUAUGCUUUCUCCUUUGCUGUGGCCCGGGAAGCCUGCGCCCGUAUAGGCGCUCGCAUUGCCACACCUGAACAGCUCUACGCCGCCUACCUCGGGGGGUAUGAGCAGUGCGAUGCCGGCUGGCUGUCCGACCAGACUGUGAGGUAUCCCAUCCAGACCCCACGAGAGGCCUGUUAUGGAGACAUGGAUGGCUUCCCUGGGGUCCGGAACUAUGGAGUGGUGGACCCAGAUGACCUCUAUGAUGUGUACUGUUAUGCUGAAGACCUAAAUGGAGAGCUGUUCCUAGGUGCUCCUCCAGACAAGCUGACAUUGGAGGAGGCCCGGGAAUACUGCCGUGAUCGCGGUGCAGAGAUUGCCACCACAGGCCAACUGUAUGCAGCCUGGGAUGGUGGACUGGACCGAUGCAGCCCAGGCUGGCUGGCCGAUGGCAGUGUGCGUUACCCCAUCAUCACACCUAGCCAGCGCUGUGGUGGGGGCCUGCCUGGAGUCAAGACGCUCUUCCUCUUCCCCAACCAGACGGGCUUCCCCAACAAGCACAGCCGCUUCAAUGUCUACUGCUUCCGAGACUCUGCCCAUCCUUCUGCCAGCCCUGAGGCCUCCAACCCAACCUCUGAUGGGCUAGAUGCCAUUGUCACAGUGACUGAGACCCUGGAAGAGCUGCAGCUGCCUCCAGAAGCUAUGGAGAGUGAGUCCCGAGGAGCCAUCUAUUCCAUCCCCAUCAUGGAAGAUGGGGGAGGUGGAAGCUCCACUCCUGAGGAUUCAGCAGAGGCCCCAAGGACACUCCUAGAGUUCAAAACUCCAUCCGAUGUACCACCCACGGGGUCCUUGGAAGAAGAAGACAAGGCAUUGGAGGAAGAAGAAUACAAUGACGAAGACGAGACAGAGGAGGAGGAAGAGGAGGACGUAGAAGAGGAGGAUGUGUGGGAGUGGCCAGAGGAACUCAGCAGCCCUGUCCCCACGGAAGAGUCAGAGGACUCAUUCUCGCAGGCAUCUUCAGUCAUGCAGCCUGACACAUCCUCACCUCCUCAUGGAGAGUCAGAAGCUCCUAGUCCCCCAGGGGUCCGUGGGCCACUUACUGAAACUCUCCCCACUCCCAAAGAGGAGAGUCUAUUGUCCUCGUCCCCUUUCACUCCAACUGGGGCAAGAGAGGAGGGAGAGGAAACUGGGGGCCCUGAACUCUCUGGGGUCCCUCAAGGAGAGAGUGAGGAAGCAGGGAGCUCUGAAGAUGCUCCAUCCCUGACUCGUGCCACACCAGCCCUUGAGGGUUCCAGGGACGUGGAGGCCCCGUUGGAAGAGAACUCUGGAAGAACUUCCCCAGCAGGGACUUCUGUGCAGGCCCCGCCCGUGCUGCCCACGGAUGGUGCCAGCCGAGGUGGAGUGGCCGUGGCCCCCUCAUCAGGUGAUUGCAUCCCCAGCCCUUGCCACAAUGGUGGGACGUGCUUGGAGGAGGAAGACGGGGUCCGCUGCCUGUGUUUGCCUGGCUAUGGGGGAGACCUGUGCGAUGUUGGACUCCGCUCCUGCAGCCCAGGCUGGGAUACCUUCCAGGGCGCCUGCUACAGGCACUUCGCAGCUCGCCGCAGCUGGGAAGACGCGGAGAGCCAGUGCCGGAGGCUGGGCGCGCACCUGGCCAGCGUGCGCACGCCCGAGGAGCAGGCCUUCAUCAACAAUCGCUACCGGGAGUACCAGUGGAUCGGGCUCAAUGACAGGACCAUCGAGGGUGACUUCCUGUGGUCUGAUGGCGUCCCUCUGCUGUACGAGAACUGGAACCCUGGGCAACCUGACAGCUAUUUCCUGUCUGGAGAAAACUGUGUGGUCAUGGUGUGGCACGACCAGGGACAGUGGAGCGACGUCCCCUGCAACUACCACCUGUCUUAUACCUGCAAGAUGGGGCUAGUGUCCUGCGGGCCCCCGCCCGAGCUGCCGCUGGCUCAGGUGUUUGGCAGCCCGCGGCUGCGCUAUGAAGUGGACACUGUGCUCCGUUACCGGUGCCGUGAGGGGCUGGUCCAACGCAACCUGCCACUGAUCCGCUGCCAGGAGGACGGGAACUGGGAGGCUCCUCGCAUCUCCUGUGUGCCCCGAAGGCCUGCCCGCACUCUACACCCAGAGAAGAUCCCAGACCACCAGGAAAGACUACCGGGCCACUGGAAGGCACUGCUGAUCCCUCCUUCUGGCCCUACUCCUGGCAAGGGAACAAGGCCAUGA